GAAUAAAAAAGAAACUCUUCAAACUUGGAAAUUGAAGAUGAAUCAGAGACAAAAAAUAAAAAAGCGGCGUGCGCUUCAAGGUGGCCCAGCCUCAACUGGCAGGGUGGUGUAAAUAACCAGGCACCCCCUCCCCUCGCCAGGUCGUCUUUUACCACUGACUAUUGCUGGGAAGAGAUGGAAGGACUGAUGCAAAAGACGGGAAGAAAGCAAUGGUCAAAAGAACAGAAAGUUUUGGUGAUGGAAUAUUUCUUCGUAGUUUCCCAUCAAGACGUGAGGCUAUCGAAGAAGAAUGACCGAGAAUUGGAUACCUAGCAAGAUUUAUAAAGACCAAUGGAUGGCUAACGGAAAUCGAAACAUUAUUGGAAAUAGAGAGUAUUAUCCAAUUAUCACUCCCCACCCCACCCCCCAACUGGGCGGCUGCUGAAAAAAAAAAAUAGAAUCAGGGAGUUAAAAGACCGAGGAGAAAGAGUGAAAGGUUUCGAUGUUUGUGUUGAAUAUCACUUGGAGAACUAUUAAUUGGACUAUUCUAAUCGCACAUGUCAUUAUUUCUAUGAAGGAUUCGGAUCUGAGUCAUCACCCUAUAAUAUAUGAAAGACGGUACUCAAGCGAAGGUUUCCAAUAAUGUGAAAAUGAUUUGUCUAUUUACAUGCAAAGAAACUGAAAGGUUUUGCAUUUAGCCUCGUCUUGAAAAUGAGUUUUUUGGCAUUCGGAACUGACCCAAUAGCUAAAGAGCGUUUUCACUCACGUGACCUGCAUCUAUGCAAAUUUAUUGGAGCAAAAGAAAGCGUUUGCAUAAGAAAAGAGUUCAACUCCCACAGGACUGGUUUGGAACACCAACAUGGCCGCCGUUUCAUUGUUUUGGAACACUAAUAUGGCGGACGUGGCUCCAUGUGAAAACGCUCUGUUGUUUCUUCUCGUGUGCGAAAAUGUCAGAUGUUUUUAAAGUUUGUUUCAAAAGUAAUAGCAAAAUGGAUUAAACGCCCAGCAGGAGCCCAUAAGCCGGAGCGAGCAAUUCCCAUACUUGGCCUAUGUCACGGCGUUUUUACGGACCUGUUUAUUUUUAGACACAUUUUAGGGCACUUUUUCGCACGAAACUAGAAUCUCCACCAUGUCUAUGAGCGCAUUCGAAGUAUAAGAUAUCAAGAAGGAAAACUAAACGUUAUUAAAAGGCAAAAAAUAUCAUUUUUAGGUCUGUAGGUUUUGCUGACUGGUUUGUGGAAUUUAAAAGAUAUUUAAAUUCGCGACAAAACCGUUCUAAAAAUAAACUGGUCCGUGAAAACGCCGUGACACGAGCGCAUGAAAGUUGCUCUCUCCGGCUUAUGGGCUCCUGCGCCCAGUUAUCCGCCCCAAGUAAAUAAGAGUUCACGGUUAUUAUGGAGGCGAAUCGAAAGGUUUCCUAGCCCGCGAGCAAGCUCUCUUUUUGGGGGAGUUGCGAGAAGUCACACGAGAGCGGCACGCGAAAGGACACAAGAGUGCGUGAGGCUUUGCCGCUCGCUCGCACGUUCUCUCAGAACUCCCUCGCAGGCUAAGGGUUUCCCUAAAAGUUACCCAUGUAAUAUACCAUAAGUUAAUUAACGAAGGAAAGACUUUUUUUAUUUAUCCAAAAUGCGAUUACACUUUCUUUUUCAGAGAUAUAGAGAAUGUAGUGAUACCAUUCUGAUAGAAUCACCUGGAGUAGAGCACAUCAAGAACCUCUUUUAUCCCGGAGGAAACUCGUAAGUCUUUGAAAUGUUUUCUGUUUUAAGAAUUACGACACACAUCUAUCCUGUUGGAACGUUUUAAGAAUACUUUUAUCAAUAGACUUAUCUAUAGAUAUAAACUCAAUAUGUAAUAAAAUAAGUUACCAUUUUUUUAUUAUUAUUUACUUUCAAUAUUAUUAGCAUUGUGAUUAUUUAUUAAGAAGGAAUAGCAUGUGUACAGCCGCCCCUUACCUCCGAUUUUUUGAGGUAAGGGGCGGCUGUACACAGGCUAGAAGGGAACGAAUGAGACAAGAAUGUUGAGAAUAAGUUUGAUAAACCAGAGACUAAAGAAAAAGCAGGAAUUCUGCUAACUGCUAAUAUUUUUUGGUUGUUUCUCCUUAUAAUCUCUUCAUUUGACAGGUGUGCGACACAUGCAAAUGAAAAGUGGUACUUGAGAGUGAUUCACUUCAUCUAUAAACCAAGAGCAGGUUUGACUUCAUUAGACUGUCUGGUGAUAAAAAAUAAAAUUCCCACUACUUUCUCUGUGGAUGAUAUAUGCAGCCCGAAAAAGAGAUUAUGCCAGGACGCAAUAUUGAGCCACCCUGUGGCUACCUCUCGUUUUCGUCGCGCGUUUUCCUUCAAAUCGUCGGAAUUUAACAAAAAUCGUCACAUCGUGAAUUUUUUACGUCAUAACCCUACUAGCUCGAACAACGACGACGAUGACGACGGGAAAAAAAAUGCAGCAGGUUUUAUAAGCUGUAUGAGGACAAUUAACUAAUUUUGAUCGUGCAGUACACUUUUUGGCAAAUUCUUUGUCCUCAUCACACAACUAAUUCUGUCAAACUUGAUAGGAAUGGCAAUGCAUUCGUCGCUUUAAUCUCAAAGAUCCUCGUUUCAUCAAUAGCAAUCGUCGUCACUUCGAUUUCGUCGAAAUACACACAGAGAGUCACAAUAUUACGUACUUAACUACAUCUCGAGGCUUGGGUAGAAGUCACUUAAUUAUUUUGUAAAGCGGAGCCUCGAGUUGGUGCCUUUGCUCGAAGGGAUGCAGGAAAGCUCUGUCUAGUGGAACGUCAACAUCAGAAUUUCUUAUUGGUUUGGUUGGGCACGUGGUACAUAACUAGUCCAUUGAUUGGCUACUUUUUAUUUACGAACCUUAUUUACUACUUGUUUAUCAAACAGUAAGAGAUGUACCAAAAUAGCUUAGAGCCAUAAAAGGGAUCUACCUAGCCUGUGUGGCAGGCACAAAAAGGGGAGGGGAGGUGGAGAGGGGAAGCGCGAAAGGGAAAGAGCAUCUCCCAUCUCAGCCCUUUACCGUAGUGUCAGCCCUGCAGUGAGUUUUGUUUUAUUUCACACUUCAAGUGACGUCUGGCUACAGUAACUCUUUGAUUAGAGAUCCGGAAAGAGGAACCAGUCAGUUAUAUUUACGCGUUACGUGGACCUCUCCAUUCAAACAGUGUUUGCUAUCUCCCCAAUCGCCCUCCCUUUUUCUCUUCCUUCCAAUCUCCUAACCCUUUUGACGCCUGCUACUCAGGCCAGGACGGACCUACCUUAUUAUUAAUCCACUCUUUCCUUACUUGUCUUUUCUUUUUCACUAUCACUAUGCUGAAUGUCGAUUCGUCGAAAUGCAUAAGCUGACGAAGAAUGUAUACGUAAUAUUUCAGUCACAAUAUUAAACAUGUCAUAAUUGCCAAGCCAAUGAGAUUCUAUGACAAAUUUUAAUUUAAGCUGAUAGAAAAGUCACAGAAAUGUGCUACUCUAUGCCUUUAGUUCAUUUGAAUAGAGUGAUUUAGCAAUUGAUCGACGCGAAAGCGGGUGGGCGGAAAGACUGGACGCGACUUCCGGUGCCUAAUUUUUCACUUUGCCAUUGGUCAAGUCAACUUUGUGGUUUACGUCCGCCGUCGUCACUGCCGCCGCGUUUCCGUUUAGUAAAUCUACCUAUAAAAAAUAAGGCCUUACCCAUUAUGUUGGUGUUUUUUCAGAUUUCAAGUUCUCGACGCAGUUUAUAUCAACGUUGAUGGUUGCUGCAAUAGUUAUAUUUCAGGUAAGUAAGGGAUUGUUCACACUAUGUUAAUUCGAAAAUUGUAAAAUCGACGCUGUUCAAAAGAUUCUUAACCGAAGUUUCGGCAAUACUGCUUUCUUCAGGGUUCAAGACUAAAUACCGUUAAAAACGUGGAAAGGAAAGUUUCUUUAUAAACGUUUUCCACAGCGAGUCAAGGAAAGAACCAAUUUAAGUUCUCCUGUCCCACUUGACACGCACUGUCCAAUUACUCAGGGCUACAAAUCCUGGCUAUUGAAUUCAGAAACUAAUAUUUGCGUUUUAUUAAAAAUUUAAUUUUCAAAUAUGAGCAAUCCACAAGUUUAGGCGUGUUUUAGCAGUCAUGCGUGCUUAUUGGCCCCGUGGAAGUAAGAAAGUACAGCCGGCAAGCGUUUUGCCUGUAAGCCUUAAGAGAGGCCGUCGACGUUUUCCCCGAUUGGCGACGCUAAUGAAUCCUUUUUCGGACUCUUCAAUUUGUUUUGUACCAGCUGAUUCCAAAAAAAUAAUAAUAAUCGUGGAUUCUCCAAAUCAAUGCUUAAAUUAGCUUUGCUAAUCUCCAGUCAGACUGGAGAAUUUGGUUAUCAAUAGUGACGACUGUAGAACUCAUAAGAUGCACAUUCUCUUUAAGCUCCUUGUGAGUUUUGUGGGUCCAUUUGCUGUCUGCGAGAAGACUUUGACCAAGACGUACUGUAGUAAUGACAGCUGCAAGGAUUUUUUGGGUGUGAUUUUUGGUAUGUUAAUAGCAUAGGAAGUUCGUUUAAAGUCAAUAUAGAAAUAAAAAGGGUGGCACUCUGUGGAACUUGUAGGAAAGUUGUUUAUAGUCAAACGAUGUCUAAUGAAUUAGAGUGAUUUGACUUAACCAGUGAAAUAUAUAGUAGACUAAUACGAAGCAUUCAAUUCUAAUUUUAUUGUUUUCUUUUGUUUACUUGCAACUAUUUGGCACUAACUGAUGCAUACUGUUUCACAGGUUAAGUAAAAUCUCUCUACCAUCCGCUAUUUUCAUUCCCCCGUUUAUUAUGGUUAUACUCUCUACCUGUCUUUCUCUCCGCUGAGAGUGGUACCUAAUAUGUUUGGGCCUAGAACUUUUUUAAAAUACUUUUUCUACAACCGCCCGUUAAAAGUUGUAUGUAACUUUUUGCCUUUGUUUUUUGUUUAAAUAGUUAUUUUCCAUUCAGUUUUAAUUUGGACCAUGGUAGAA